UGCCUACGUAAAUUUUACACAUAAGUCGCAAUUUUGGUGAACGCCUGGUCAUCAAAACGAUGUGAAAAACACCAUUUCCUGAAAUAUAUACCACAAUUGAACAAAACAGAAACAGAUAACCAACAACAUGUUGCAGUUCAUGCUGUUAUUUAGCCGUCAAGGGAAGCUACGUCUACAGAAGUGGUAUCAUGCACACACUGAAAAGACAAAGAAGAAAAUCACCAGAGAACUUAUCACGACAGUGUUGUCAAGGAAACCAAAGAUGUGUAAUUUUCUGGAGUGGAGAGAUUUAAAGAUUGUUUAUAAAAGGUAUGCAAGUUUGUAUUUCUGCUGUGCAAUUGAAGAUCGUGAUAACGAACUGUUGACUUUAGAGAUCAUACACAGAUACGUGGAGCUUCUGGAUAAAUACUUCGGGAGUGUGUGUGAAUUAGACAUCAUCUUCAACUUUGAGAAAGCGUACUUCAUGCUCGAUGAGCUAAUGUUGGGAGGUGAGAUACAAGAGACGAGUAAGAAGAAUGUCUUGAAAGCGAUCCAAGCCCAAGAUCUACUACAAGAGGAGACGGAAGUAAACAAAAGCGUACUGGAGGAGCUUGGUUUGUCAUGAUGACGUCAUUGGAACUACUCCACCACCGUAUGAAGGCAUUAGAUAUAAUAUGUAUUUUGUUGUAUGGGGCCCCUAAUAAUAAGGUAUUAUACCUUUUCGGGUGGGCAAGGCACAUAAAAGGCACAAAAGAAAUUUCUUUUACAAUAUGAGAAUGAUGUAGUUUUUGACCAAACGGUAGCUGACCCCAAUGGCAAACUAUAGGAAGCAAUCAGUACAAAAAGCAUUUACAUGUAACUAAUUUAUUAUAAUCCUGAUAUUUUUGAAAUAUAUGCUGGACAUACCUUCUUAUUGAAGUCCAAAGUGAUUACAACUUUCUCUAUGUUAGACAUUUUGAUUAAUUGUUAAUAUUUUCAUAAACUCAUAGGGCAGCCCGUACAAAAUGGCGCCAAAACAAAGAAGAAAUCCACCACCUUUCCCAUUUUACAGGCUCCUUCAUAGCUGCCUGAUCUUUAAAGGUUCUGGUUUGGUAUUUACUCUGAAAGAUAAUGCCAAUACAAACAUACGUGGUAGGUUUAAGUACAGCAGUUUUGAAUAGUAUAAUGCAUUGUGAGAAGGUUUUCACUUUGGAGUACAUGUACUGUGGUAAUGUACAAAGCUAUCAACUGUUAUCAAACAAAUAUGAAUAAUAAGAAGCUUUACAGCGGUACGCCUCUCAGACUGUGUCUUUUAGAGGAGUUAUUUUUCCUGCCAUGAUACAUUCGUUUCGGCGAUAUCUUGAAAAGCCAACCACCUUUUGAAAUGAAAUUUUCGCAGGGUCAAUUGUCUUGUAUACAUUACUAAAUUUACAAAUGAGUUAAACAACUGAGCUGUUCCAAAAUUACAAAGGUAAACAUUGCCUUUAAAAUAAGGUUGAGAUAGCAUUAAAUUAACUCUUUGUUGAUAAGACAAUUAGAAACUCGCUAAAACAAAAAUUGCCAAGCGAAUUAAGUUCUUAGUUUGUUAUGUCAAAUAGCCUUAUUGUUUAUCAAUAUAUCAGUGAAUAGAUGGGGGUAGUUUGGUGCUGGUUUCAUUUCAAUAAUUAGUGGCGUAAAUAUUUGUAAUGAAAUUUUAUCCAUGUCUUCUUGUGUAGUUUAAGAACAGUGCUACAAUGUUUGGUUUUGUAUUCAGUGUCAAUAAUGUAGUCAAAAUGUGCUACAGUUUUUGUAAUGGAUAUGUACUCCUAAGUUACAAUCAUAUUAAGCAUUCUGAGUUGUACUUUUCAAAUAAUUCAGUUGUUUAUGUAUCGGGGUCAUUUCCGGAUGUAGACGAAAGCCAAUGUGUGGAUUGUGGAAUCCAUAUUUGGCUUUGGCUUAUGGCUCUGUUAGUCACUUGGAAGUAAUGCACUUUCAUUAUACGAACUUAUAGAUGGAGUUUUAGGCUAAGCCGUUUGCGGUUUUGGAAAUGAUUAUAAAUUAAAAAAGUAGAAAUUACAA